CUUUGUUCGUUUACAUGCUAGUUUUUACUAUUUUUACUGUUUUUACUACUUUUUGUCAAAAAUCUGUUCGUUUACUCAAAAAAUAGUAAAUUAUAGUAAGCAUUUUAAGAGAAAAAAUAUUUCUCUUUUACUAUACUUUACUCGAAAAAAUUCUUAUAGUAAAAAAUUUUUAAUGUCAAUUAAUAUAAAAUGAAAAAUUGUUUGAAAUUUCUAUUAUAAUUUAGACAUACAUUAAACGCGUAUUUAGUGCAUUUUCAGUGUUUGAUAAACGCAAUGUUUAAUACAAUUCAAGAUAUGUUUGAUUCAAGUGAAUCGUCCAGUAGUGAUGACGAAAUAGUGGAAAUGUGUGUAGAAACAGAUGAAGAAAUACAAAUGUUGUCUGCUUUAAUUAAAGGUAAUAGGACGUAAUGUUAAAUAUUCACCACCAAACGAAAACAUAAGGUUAUAGCUUAAAGUGCAUUUUGAACAAAAUUUGUUAAAAUUUUUACUUUUAUAAGAACUUAAUUUCCAUAAAAGAGGAUGAACUCUUGGUAGUUUUCAUAAUUGGAAAAUCUUGGUAUUAUAAUUAAGAAAUAUUUAUAUGCAUAGAUAAAAGAAAUUCUAUAAAGGAUUAUAUGGAAACCGUGUUCCCGAUUUACAGUGAAUCAGAAUUCAAAAUGCACUUCAGAAUUUCAAGAAGCCUUUUUGAUGCGUUGUGCAGUAAAUUUGAAGAAAGUGCUAUCUUCCUUAAUCUCCGCAAAGACAAACGUCUGUCAGCAAGGGAACACUUAGCUGUGUUUUUAUGGUUUGCCGGCCAUGAAGGGACAAGUUUUAGAGACCUAUCAGAUAGAUUUAAUAUAUCAACAUCUACUGUGAGUAUAAUAAUCGAUAGAGUCUGCAACUUCCUCAGCAAUAUGAGUCCAGAUAUUAUAAAAUGGCCCAAUGAGGAACAAAAAGUUACAUCAAGUACAGCUUUUAAAAAUAAAUGUGGCUUUUCCAAAGUAAUAGGAUGUAUAGAUGGAACCCAUAUUACCAUCGAUCCACCUUUAAAUUUAAAAAACCAAUACAUAGACCGAAAAGGAAAUGUUUCGAUUUGUAUGCAAGGGAUAUGCAAUGAAAAGAAAAAAUUUAUAAGUAUUUUCGUAGGAUACCCCGGCUCAUCACAUGACAGUUGGAUUUACCAAAACUCACCAAUUUUUAAUAGAAUUAAUUCUUAUUGUGGCGAUUAUUAUCUCUUAGGAGAUUCAGCUUAUCCGUGUAGCAAACAUCUAGUUACACCAUACAGAGAUAAUGGCCACUUAACAAAUAUCCAAAAAACAUUCAAUAUUAAGCUUAGUUCUGCAAGAGUUUCAAUCGAACAUACAUUUGGCAUUUUGAAACAACGUUUUCGACAGCUUUAUUAUUGCAAGUUAAAAGGUGUAAAGAAGUUAUGUCAUUUUAUUAGAGCCUGCUGUGUAUUACACAAUAUCGCAUCGGAAAAUGAUCUGGAUUUUAUAUAUGAAAAUUCAGAAACUAAUUCACAUGAAGUAGUAAUAUUGCCUCAAGAAGAACAUAUUACAGGAAAUGCUUUUAGACAGCUUAUUUGUUCCGAAAUCCAAUAAAAAUUUCCAAUAAAUUUUGCAUCGUAAAAAUUUCAA